AUGGUUCACUUCACCAUCGAAGAGAUCCGGGCCCUUAUGGACCGUCCGGCCAACAUCCGUAACAUGUCCGUCAUUGCUCACGUCGAUCACGGAAAGUCCACUUUGACCGACUCUCUCGUUCAGCGUGCUGGUAUCAUUUCUGCCGCCAAGGCCGGUGAAGCUCGGUUUACGGAUACACGUGCAGAUGAACAGGAGCGUGGUAUCACCAUCAAGUCCACUGCCAUCUCUCUUUAUGCCCAUCUCCCCGAUGAGGAUGAUCUCAAGGAUAUCCCCCAGAAGGUCGAUGGUAACGAGUUCUUGAUCAACUUGAUCGACUCGCCCGGUCACGUCGAUUUCUCUUCUGAGGUCACUGCUGCUCUCCGUGUCACUGACGGUGCCUUGGUCGUCGUCGACACUGUCGAGGGUGUUUGCGUGCAGACUGAGACUGUCCUUCGUCAGGCUCUCGGUGAGCGUAUUAAGCCCGUUGUCAUCAUCAACAAGGUCGACCGUGCCCUUCUCGAACUCCAGGUUUCCAAGGAAGAUCUUUACCAGUCUUUCUCUCGUACCAUCGAGUCUGUCAACGUCAUCAUCGCUACCUACUUCGACAAGGCUCUUGGUGAUGUCCAGGUCUACCCUGACCGCGGAACCGUCGCUUUCGGUUCCGGUCUUCACGGAUGGGCUUUCACCGUCCGUCAGUUCGCUGUCAAGUACGCCAAGAAAUUCGGUGUUGACCGCAAGAAGAUGAUGGAGCGUCUCUGGGGCGACAACUUCUUCAACCCCAAGACCAAGAAGUGGACCAAGUCGGACUCAUACGAGGGCAAGUCUCUUGAGCGUGCUUUCAACCAGUUCAUCUUGGACCCUAUCUUCAAGAUCUUCGCUGCCGUUACCCACAACAAGAAGGAGGAGAUCGCCACUCUUAUUGAGAAGCUCGACAUCAAGCUUGCUACUGAAGAGAAGGAUCUUGAGGGCAAGGCUCUCUUGAAGGUUGUCAUGCGCAAGUUCUUGCCUGCUGCUGAUGCUCUUAUGGAGAUGAUGGUUCUCCACCUUCCUUCCCCCGUUACUGCUCAGAAGUACCGUGCCGAGACCUUGUACGAGGGACCUACUGAUGACGAGGCCUGCAUUUCCAUCCGUGACUGCAACGCCAAGGGUCCUCUCAUGCUUUACGUCUCCAAGAUGGUGCCCACCUCCGAUAAGGGUCGUUUCUUCGCUUUCGGUCGUGUCUUCUCCGGUACCGUCAAGUCCGGUCUUAAGGUCCGUAUCCAGGGUCCUAACUACACCCCUGGUAAGAAGGAGGACUUGUCCAUCAAGGCUAUCCAGCGUACCAUUCUCAUGAUGGGUCGUUUUGUUGAGCCCAUUGAGGAUGUCCCCGCCGGUAACAUCGUCGGUCUCGUCGGUGUUGACCAGUUCUUGCUCAAGUCUGGUACCCUCACCACCUCUGAGACUGCCCACAACUUGAAGGUCAUGAAGUUCUCUGUCUCCCCUGUCGUGCGUCGCUCCGUCGAGGUCAAGAACGCCAACGAUUUGCCCAAGCUUGUCGAAGGUCUCAAGCGUCUCUCCAAGUCCGACCCUUGUGUCCAGGUCUCCAUCAACGAGUCUGGUGAGCACGUCGUUGCUGGUGCCGGUGAACUUCACUUGGAAAUUUGCUUGAAGGAUCUUGAGGAAGAUCACGCUGGUGUUCCCCUCCGUAUCUCUGACCCCGUCACUCAGUACCGUGAGACUGUCGGUGCCAAGUCCAGCAUGACUGCCUUGUCCAAGUCUCCCAACAAGCACAACCGUCUCUACGUCGAGGCUGAGCCCCUUACCGAGGAGGUCUCCCAGGCUAUCGAGAGUGGCAAGAUCACUCCUCGUGACGAUUUCAAGGCCCGUGCCCGUCUCCUUGCUGAUGACUACGGUUGGGAUGUUACCGAUGCCCGUAAGAUCUGGGCUUUCGGUCCUGACACUACCGGUGCCAACUUGCUCGUUGACCAGACCAAGGCUGUCCAGUACUUGAACGAAAUCAAGGAUUCCGUCGUUUCCGGUUUCCAGUGGGCUACUCGUGAAGGUCCUAUUGCCGAGGAGCCUAUGCGCUCUGUCCGCUUCAACGUCAUGGACGUCACCCUCCACGCUGAUGCUAUCCACCGUGGUGGUGGUCAGAUUAUCCCCACCGCUCGUCGUGUGCUCUACGCCGCUACUCUCCUUGCCGAGCCCGGUCUCUUGGAGCCCAUCUUCAACGUCGAGAUUCAAGUUCCCGAGCAGGCUAUGGGUGGUAUCUACGGUGUCCUCACUCGUCGUCGUGGUCACGUCUACACUGAGGAGCAGCGUGUCGGUACUCCUCUCUUCACCGUCAAGGCUUACAUGCCCGUCAACGAGUCUUUCGGUUUCAACGGAGAUCUCCGUGCCGCCACUGGUGGACAGGCCUUCCCUCAAUCCGUCUUCGAUCACUGGGCAAUCCUUCCUGGUGGUUCUCCUCUUGACCCGACCACCAAGCCUGGUCAGAUCAUUGUUGAGACCCGUAAGCGCAAGGGUCUUAAGGAGCAAGUUCCUGGAUAUGACAACUACUAUGACAAGCUAUAA